UAAUGGUAUAAAGAUUUACUUUGGUCAACCAAAUAUACAAUGUUCAGAUUUUGCUAAAACGUUAAUUAAUUUCAGUUUGUUUCUCCAAACAUUCAGCUGAAAAACUUUGCCAUGCCUCUUGAUACCCUUGUCAAAGAUGUUCUUCACCAGUUGGAGAGUUCUUUCAGAUCCAGUUCAUCCCAAAGCAGGGUGAAGUCGGGUUCUAAUUAGCUGCAGUCCAGAUGGAAUUGCAUGGUGUAGAAGUAUGGAAUACAUAUUGGGUGCAGAUCAACUGAUAUUUACAAUUACAAUUAUAAUCUGCAAUGAAUCACUGGGGAGAAAGUGCUCCUAAAGUUCCCAGGUUGGACAAGUUGGAUGAAAUAAGCUGCAUCUCUAUGAAGAGUUCAAAUUCAAUGGUGGAGCCGAUUGAAUUAAAGGAAAGAGCUCCGUUAAUACACAGAACUCCUUUUCAGUCAUUACUACCUGAACCUGUUUUGCCAGUAACCAAGGACCUUUAUAAAGACCUAGGAAAUCCUGCUGUUGUUUUAUCACAGUCUGGCUGUCUUACAACCAAAGCAAAGUGGCAACAAAAGCUAAAAAACAGACUAAAGGCAAAAUACCAGCACAUUUACCAUGACCUGAAAAUACAGGGUCAAUCAACAUUCUUGAGUGAUAUUUACACAGAACUCUACAUCACCGAGAGUGACAGCGGAAAUGUCCGAUUGGAACACGAAGUGAGGCAGAUUGAAAUGAUAUCCAGGUCGCAAACCACAGUAGAAAUACCAAUCAAAUGCAAUGACAUCUUCAAGUCCAUACACCAACGUGGCAAACCUAUCAGGAGCGUCCUGACGAAGGGGGUUGCUGGCAUUGGAAAAACAGUGUCUGUACAGAAAUUUGUCCUGGACUGGGCUGAAGGUAAAGCAAAUCACGACAUUGGGUUCAUUUAUCCGUUUGCAUUUCGUGAACUUAACCUGAUGAAGGAGGGGAGGUUCAGCCUGGUCAAGCUACUUGAGCGUUUUAACAUGGGUACGUUUGAAGCAACAAACUCUGAGAGUUGCAAGGUUCUGUUCAUCCUCGAUGGACUGGACGAAUGUCGCUUUCCUUUAGACUUCCAGAACAACCAGAGAGUUUCUGAUGUGACUGAACAAGUGUCUCUCGAUGUCCUACUGACCAACCUCAUCAGUGGAACCCUGCUUCCUGAUGCUCUCUUGUGGGUUACUUCGCGACCAGCAGCAGCCAGUCAGAUCCCGUCACACAGUAUUGACCUGGUGAGUGAGGUGCGAGGAUUUAAUGACCCUCAGAAGGAGGAGUAUCUCAGAAAGAGAAUCAGCGACCAGAGACUGGCUGGUAAAAUCAUUUCUCACAUCAAGUCCUCAAGGAGCCUGUUCAUUAUGUGCCACAUUCCUGUCUUCUGCUGGCUUUCUUCAGUCGUUUUAGAAAGAACCAUCAGUUCCUUAGAUGAUAAAGAGGUUCCUAAAACCCUGACUCAAAUGUAUAUACAUUUCCUCCUAAUCCAAACCAGAACUAAAAACCACAGGUACUCGGAUAGGAACAAGGAUCCGUCCGAUGAAACCAUGAUUCUUAAACUGGGUGAAUUAGCCUUUCAACAGCUGGAAAAAGGUAACUUGAUAUUUUAUGAGGAUGAUCUGAGAGCUUGCGGCAUCAACGUCAAGGAGGCCGUGGUCUACUCAGGGGUGUGCUCGCAGAUCUUUAAAGAGGAAUGCGCCUUGACUCAGAGUAAAGUGUAUUGCUUUGUGCACCUGAGCAUCCAGGAGUUUCUCGCUGCUGUAUAUGUGUUCCUCAAGUGUAAAAGCUACAACUGGAAUGCUUUUGACCAGACAAGUUGCACUACAACAGAUACUACCCAAGCACUGAUUGAUAUCCACAAAAAGGCCAUCGAAAGAGCCUUAAAAAGUGGAAACGGCCACUGGGAUCUCUUUCUCCGCUUCCUUUUAGGUCUUUCUCUAGAGUCCAACCAGGCCCUCCUGCGCAGUUUGUUGCCACAGGUUGGACCCAGCAUUCAAAACACAGACGUGACGUUCAAAUACAUCAAGCUGAAGAUCGAGGAGAACUCCACAACUGAGAAGUCUAUCAAUCUAUUCUAUUGUCUGAAUGAACUUAAUGAGCUCUCGAUAGUCAAGGAGGUCCAACGCUACUUGAGCUCAGAGAGUUCCUCCAAGCUUUCCCUAGCACAGUGGUCUGCCCUCGUCUUUGUUCUGCUGACGUCCGAGACAAAACUCGAUGUGUUUGACCUCAAGAAGUAUUUUAGAUCAGAUGAAGGUCUCCUGAGGCUAAUGUUGGUGGCCAAAGCUUCAGAAAUUGCUCUGCUCGAUAACUGUGGACUCUCUGAGAGAUGCUGCAAAGUGCUGGGUUCUGUUCUCAGCUCUGACUCCUCCAAACUGCAAGAGCUGAAUUUAAAUGGUAACUCGAUUGGAGACACGGGGCUGAAGCUUCUUUCAGAAGGACUGGGAAAUGACAGAAGUAAAUUAAAGAAAAUAAGGCUUUCAUAUUGUAGAAUCACACCUCAGGGCUGCUUCACUUUGGCCACACAGCUCCUUCCCAGACUUCCACACCUUAAAGUAUUGGACCUGAGUGAGAACAGUUUGAGGCAGACAGGAAUUCAAUUACUUGCUACUCAUCUAAAGAAUCCAGAGUGCAAGCUUGAAAUACUAAGACUGAAGGACUGCAGGGUUACUCCAGAAGGAAGUAAAGCACUAGCCUCGGCUCUGAGCUCCAAUCCUUCACACCUGAAAGAGCUCGACCUCCACUGGAAUAAUCCAGGAGACGAUCCAGGUGUUGAGCAGCUGGCUGCUGCUAUGAGGGAUCCCCGAUCCAAGCUUGAAGUCUUAUGGUUAAGUUAUGGCCUGCUCACCAAGAAAUGCUGUGAAGCUCUCGCUUCUGUUCUCAGGUGCAGCUUUGCUCAUCUCAAAGCAGUGGACCUCAGCGGAAACGCAAUCCAGGACAUGGGACUGGAGCUGCUCUCUGCUAGCCUGAGAAGCCCACACUGUAAACUGGAGAUACUGAGGUUGGCAGCUUGUGGAAUCACAGAAAAAGGAGCUACAGCUUUAGCUUCUGCACUUUCUGCAAAUCCUAUUACUCUCAAAGAGCUGGACCUGAGUGAGAACCUCGUUGGAGACUGUGGACUAAGAGCCCUCUCAGAUGUGCUAGGAGAUUUAAACUGCAGAUUACACACACUCAGGCUUAGACAGAGUGGAGUCACGGAAGCCGGCUGUGUUGCUCUUGCUUCAGCUCUGACCUUGAAUCCUGCCAGUCUACGAGAGCUGAACUUGGGAAACAACGAGCUAAGAGAUGCUGGGAUAAAACGACUUUGCGACGUGCAGCACAGCAAAUUUUUCCGUUUAGAGCUGAAUGAAUGUCACUUGACUGGGAGCUGCUGCGAUUCACUGGCUUCUCUUUUCCUGAAACAACAUUCAAGUCUAAAAGUCCUGAAUCUGGGAGGGAAUAAUCUGCAAGACUCAGGAGUGAAGACUCUCUGUGGGGGACUUGAAAGUCCAAACUGCAGACUGGAGAUGUUGAGGCUGUUUAACUGUGGAAUCUCAGAGAAAGCCUGCGGAUUUUUAGCGUCGGUUCUGAGUGAAAACCCGUCAGUCGUAAAAGAACUGGACCUCAGUGGAAAUAACCUUAAAGACAUGGAUACAAAGCUGCUGAACCUCUUAAUCGAAGAUCCAAGCUACAAACUAGAUCGACUCGACUUAUACUGAACACUCCACCCUGCCUGCACUCUUUUCUGCACUUCUCUAUCACACCCUCU